AUGUCAAAAUCACAAAUGUUAUCAUUUUUAUCAUUAUAUAUUGAUAAGAAGACCAGUGCUAACAUUCUAGAAGUGCGUAUUAUCUACCUUUGCAAAUAUGCAUUUUUAAUAAUCUUUCUUUAUGUUUUAGUGGAUAAAGUGUCAUUGUAUGUAAUAAAUGGUGUUUAUGAACAGCAUAAAGGAAAAAAUCUGAAUCUCAUUGAUAAGAAUGUGUUAGAUGAUAUUGUAUCUGAUAUCUAUUUUGCGGUCCAAAAAGAGCACUCAGAUUUAACCUUUGAUGGGGAAAUAGUAUCUAACGUUUUGGUUCAGUUAUUGGGCCAAAUAUUUUCAAAGUAUACAAAUAAACAAAUCAACUUGAGAUCUGCGCUUAAUGUCAUUGCUUGUUUAUCAUGUGAUAGACUUCGUGUACGACUGGGUUACAUGUUCCAGUUAAAUUGUCUUAAUAAUGAACUUGGAUUAACAAAAGAAUGUCUUAGAAAUUUUUUAAGGGAUCUAAGUUUAUUACUGAACUUUUUAUCAGAAAAAAGUUUAUUUGAGUCUUCAUCCAUAAACAAUAUUAUUGAUAAUUGUUUCCAAAAUUUAAACAACCCAAAUUGUAUGACUGAAGCUGACUUCAUGAAAUGGUUUAUGACUGAGCCACCAGUAUUAGAAUGGUUACAAAUAUUGUAUAGAAUAAAAAUGGCAGAAAAUGUCAACCAUGAAGUGAACUGUAAAGUUUGCAAAUUACCUGUGAAAGGUUUACGCUAUUUUUGUUUAAAAUGUGUAAAUUAUAAUCAGUGCCAAAACUGUUUUCUGAUUGGCGCCACUAAUAAAAAACAUAAAUUAAAGCAUGCUAUGCAAGAAUAUUGUUGGCUGGAAACACCUCAACAGUUAUACACACAAUACUUAAAGUCCUAUUUGGGAAGAAUUUUUGGUAUAACAUCAAAAAUUCGAUAUCUUCCUGUUGAGAUGCCUAUUGAUGUUAUUGAAACAAAACAAAAUGUUAAAGAAUUCAGUACUAUUUCAAUUGAUUCCAUCUCAGUCAAAUCACCUCGUCAAGAAUUGCAGAGUGUUAUAUCACAAAUAGAAAGAGAAAAUAGACUGUUGGAGAUUGAAGUCAAUACUUUGAAACGAGGUGAUUCUCAGUUUGAAGCGUUUUUAGACCAACACCGGAGCAAAAUCGAAAGACAGUUGAUACGUCUAAAACAAUUAAAGAACCAUUUGAGUGGUACGUUCGGACGCGGAAAGAUGAAGCGUAUGCAGAGCACGCCGCUCAUCAUGUCGAGACCGGACCGUAAAGGUGAUGGAAUCGCCGCGGUCAAUCUGAGCCCGAUAUUUUCUGCCGAUGCGUCGUCGCGCUCCGUGCACAGCUGUACUGGUCUGGAUGCACUCAGCACGUUGUACGGCGAGAAGACGGUGGCCAGAGAAGGCUUGGUCACCGAACCUAACGAGUUUUCUUACUGGCUGGGCCCGAAAAUUGCCGCCUCCAAGAACCGAGAAUUGGACGGAACUUAUAUCGAAAAACCUGCAGAGCACAGCGACAAAGAAAACGACACUGCGGCGGCCGUUUCCGUAGUAUCAGACAGGCCCGAGCCCGAACCUCCGUCGUCGGUCUUAUCCGACAUCCUGAACAGACCGUCAGGUGGUGGAGGCGGGCCAAAGUCUCCUGACAAAAUUUCCAUUACUGUCAACAAACAGUCGUCGGUGUGGCUCAACGCGAGUAGAGACUACGCCAGAGAGCCAACUGACGACAAAGACAUGGACGAAUUGCAUACCGAAUUAGAUAAGAUUUUGGACCAGUUACAGAAACUCGUGACUUAG